UGAGGAUUGAGGUUUGAGCUUUAUUUGUUUAAGUUCUUAGCACAACCACAGAGGGCACAUUGUACGGAGGCAUGACUCGUAAACGAAGGAAUCAUGGUAGGUCGAAGAAAGGCCGAGGUCAUGUUGGCUUCAUACGUUGUACGAAUUGUGGUCGAGCAUGUCCUAAAGAUAAAUCUGUAUGGAAACUAGUGACACGAAGUAUGGUAGAAGCCGCCGCCGUUAAAGAUUUGGAAGACGCGUCGGUGUAUGGCAAAAACUACGCCGUUCCCAAAUUGUACGUCAAACUCCAAUACUGUAUCAGUUGUGCCAUCCACAGCAAAGUUCUUCGAAAUCGUAGUCGGGAAUCAAGGCGUCUCAGAAGGAUUAUAGUUAAACCUCGAGUUAAGUUCACACGUCCUGUUGCUCCAAGGGCAUGAUUGCAUGAAUAAAUUUUUAUUCGUUGGA